CUUAUAAAAGUCAUUAUUUGACAUUUCAUUCUGAAAAUAAACAUUUCAAUAAUUUGCUUGGUGUGCCUUCGUACAUUUCAUAAAACGGUUUUAGGUACUAGAAAAAAGUAGCAAACUAAAUAAUUGGAUACUGCAUGUUAAACUGAAAGUUGCAACCGAUGUCACAAUCUUCACUAACUCGCCAAUCUCAACAUAGUAAUUCAGGACCGAAAGAAGAACAACCUACGUCCAAGAUACCUGAAUCCGUAAGAAAAAUCAUAGCUAUGGAAAAAGAGAACGAGUCAAACGCCAACCGAAAAUCCAGGAUUGACUUAAAUGCGCUUCCUACCCGCCAGUACCUGGACCAAACUGUGGUGCCAAUUUUACUGCAGGGUCUGUCUGCAUUAGCUAAGGAAAGGCCUCCAGAUCCCAUCGACUACUUGGCGGCGUAUUUACUGAAGAAUAAGACCACCUUUGAGAGUAACACCUCGGCGAGUAACAACCCGACGGCCAACCCGCAACCAUAAUAUCUCCACAAGUUGUAUGGCACAAGUGUACUGUACAGUAAUAAUGUGCAUAUUGUAAUAGAUUUAAAAUUUUCUUUUUCAUCGUUGUGACAAAGACUCUUACAUCUAUAAAUAUGGCAAUAAUAAAAUUUUCCUACUUAAUAGACAUAGCUAGUGAUAGGUCUAAUGUUAUAGCAGUUAGUUACUGGAUUGUUGUACACAGCAGAACUCUGUGGGACUGGAACUAAGUUGUGAACUACAUAGCAUAUUGCUAGUCAAUUACUUGCUCAAGUGACCUGGCUGCUAGUGAACUACAUUUGUGUUUCAUAGUUGUGUGGAACUGGAUUUCCGAACUAACAGAAAGUUUAUUCUCAAAGUUGUUACAGUUACAGAAAUAUUAUAGCUUUUUGAUAACAACUUUAUGCAUGUUAUUACAGUUUUACAUAGUCUUAUAAUACAGCAGUGUAUAUACACCGGCCUUAUAUAAUUAGAUCUUAACAAUAAAAUAAUCAUUCAUUUCUCAAUGAUGGCACAAGAUAAGUUGAAUGUAGAAGUAAUUUUAUUUUGCUAUUUAAAUUAAAAUAAUCUAAGACUUAAAAUUGCAUUUUUUUUAUUAAA